CUACAGUUCAUCCGUCCGUCCGUCCACUGAACACGCUACAGUGCUGUGUAUCGCUGGUCCGAUAAAUCGUCACGAUAUACAUAGUUUUACGGCAGCAUUAACUGUGAAAAUAUAAAAUAAAUAUUUACAGUCGGUAUAUUUACAGCUCGAGUCGAGCAAUCGGUUUUCCGCGGGAUAGAUUCGAUCGUUUCUUUAUUUUUCCCCGAGGGCAAGUCUGACUAGCAAAAUCUUCAAUUCCUUCGCAGUACUACUAUGAACGUGUUCCAGAUUGUUGCGCUUAUUAGCGUGCUAUGCAUAAACGGGAACUUGGCAUUCACAUCCGGCGAUGAUAAGUUCAUAAAAAAAUACGCCAUGAUGAAGGUAUACGAAAACUGUUUCGGACCAGAAGUGGUAAAAGAAGUGCGAAAGGAAAUGAAAAUCGCUACAGCUAAGUGCAACGGCAACAUGCCCAUGAGUGUACCGACACCCAACAUAGGCUCUUUAAAACUGGCUGCAGCGCCGUCGAGUAUACAUGAAUUUAGCAGUACGCACCAUCAGCAGAACCAGCACCAGGCCAAGCCACAAGAAGAGCAAACGCCUUACAGCAAGGCGCAGCCUAGUGGUAUUGACAUAACAAAACUUCAGCAAGCCAUUCUCGCCGGAUAUAACAAGCACUUGCAACAGUCUUCUCAUCAGACGUACCCGCAAUCGGCAUCUACGGCAACAGCUUCGCAUCUCCAACCACAACCGCAACAGCAACCGCAACAGCCGUACAUCAAACCGUGGACGUUGGGACCGUCAUCGCCGUUUUUGGACCAACAGCCGUCGUACAUGACCAACGCUCUAUUCUAUCCACCCAACACGGCAUCAAACCCUGUCAACGACAUGUAUCUGCCGAAAAUACCUUCUGUCGCGCAACAGUCCUAUCCCGGACCGUAUCCUAUGAUGGCUGCUGGGCAAAUGUACCAACCGUAUUAUCAACCAUUCUUCCCCACACAUCGGACUUCGAGAGUCGGAAGUUUUGACGUCCGCAACCAAAUGGACACGAUGGCUGCCAAAAUGACCGGCAAGAUUCGAAACGUCACGUGCGUUAUGCAGGAACUUGGUUAUCUCAACCAAAACAUGGAACCAGACUAUGAAAAUAUGAACGAUAGGGUGAUGAGGUUACCGAUCGCCGAAGAACUUAAACAAGAUAUGGUCGAUGGUAUAACAUACUGCAAAAAGUUUUCGAUGUGUGUACCGGAUGAGAGGAAAGACAAGUUUGCUAAAGAAUUGGUGCGGCCAAUGUUCUUUUUCAAAUGUUAUAAACAUAAAAAAUUAGAGUCGUGUAUAAUGAAGGACAUCAGAGAUCGUUACAACACAGAAGAAUUCGGCGAAGACAACAUGGUGACAUCUGAACGAUCUAUGAGAAGUUCACAAUACUUGGAGGAUGAUACUAUCGAACAAACAGUGUUCGAUUAUAUUUAUGGGGACAAGUCAAUAGACUUAGACGUUUUACUGUAAGCAGAUUCGCAAGUGUUUAUCAGCAACGAAAUGCUCAAACGCGUCGUCUGUCACACGAAAGAGUACCCUAUCGUCUGCGUCCUAUAGAAAGUAAAAUUAUAUACGUUUAAGUUAGUGUAAUUUUUUAUUCAUUAUGUUUCCUUAAUAUUAAAAAAUAGCCUGUAAGAAUUUAAUUUAUUAUUGUGUACGUUAGUCCUGGUUUUAAAACGCCACUAAAGAUAAGUAAAAUAAAACCAGCAGUGACGUUUUGAUACCAGGACGAACUCUCGAUCAGAAAAUGUAUGUAUUUAUUUUAAUUUGUCAAACCUAUUAUAAUUUAUUUAUUAU